CUCCCCUUAUCGCCAGCAUCCUCCGGUCCCCGCCCUCCCUAGCACCGCGGAGCCCGGGUUGGCAGUGCGCGCGGGUGCCCGGAGGCCCGCCCCCAACGGCAGCGCGGAGCCUGGAGCUGGCCGUGGUGCUGACGAAAGGCUCGGGCGCGCACUCGCUGCCUGGCUCAGGCGCAGCCGCGCCCUGCGACACUUCCCAGCCCCAGCGUUGGCAAGAGCACUGACAACAUGGAGCUGAGGAGAGGAAAGACCUUCAUCAAAUCUAGCGUGCAGAUUUCCCACGAGAGGCUCACAGACUCACCGGGCCCAGCCAAGGAAGAGGCAGGCCCUUGGUCGCUUUCACCAGGAGGGCAGCAGAGACCCUGUGGUGAGAAGAGCUCCCAAACUAGUCCCUGUGCCCAAGGGUAUGGCCAGUACCCCAACAAAGAGAUACUGUCUGAUUCGGAAGGGGGUCCCGGGCCCCUCUGUGGAACCACCUUCAAGUUGGUGCGGAAGAGCAAGACCCAUGACAGUGUUCCAGGGGCUGCGAAGGCAGCAGCCCCCGCAGGCCAGAUGGUUGGCAGCGCAAGUUUCCCAGAGACCCCCGGGGCUCAGCGUAUGAUCGACUACCGCCACUUUGUGCCGCAGAUGCCCUUCGUGCCAGCCGUGGCUAAGAGCAUCCCGAGAAAAAGGAUUUCCCUGAAAAGGUCCAAGAAGUGCUUUCGCAACCUCUUCCACAUCCGCAGAAGCAAGACCGAGAACUUGGCCUCGCUGUCAGCGAAGGCGAAGAACCUGCCGUCCCCUGGGGUCCCACUGGGUGCUGCGGCACAGCAAGGCAAGCCCUUCCUCUCCGUGGGUGAGGGGCUGGGGCUGGACAGCCUAUGUCAGGACUUGUCUGACAAUGAAUUUCUACCUGACUCACCUUUUGACCUCUGCAGCACUCUGUGUGAGGAUGUGGCCUCACUCAAGAGCUUCGAUUCACUUACGGGCUGUGGGGAGAUUUUCGCAGAUGGGAGCUCUGUGCCAUCCGUGGAGCUGAAAGAAGGCCCAGAGAACCCAGCCCACUCACCGCAGGCUCUAGACAGCAAGACUCCCCGCGGCCCCUCCCAGGGUAGUACGGAACAGCUGGCAUCACCUGCCCAGAACGAAGCAUCAGACUUCACCAAGUUCUGGGACAGUGUGAAUCGCUCGGUGAAGCAACAGCAGCGUGCCCUACCAUGGUUGACGAGUCCCCAGGCUACAGACGCAGACCAGCCCAAGUUAGACACACCUGGGUUAGCUGAACUACCUCUGUUCCCUUGCAGGGGUCCCCCUAGCGGCUCCAAAGCCAGCUCUAUAGACACAGGUACCCCCAAAAGCGAACAGCCGGAAUCCGUGUCCACGAGUGACGAAGGCUACUAUGAUUCCUUCUCACCUGGCCUUGAGGAAGAGAAAAAGGAAGCUGCGACCCCAGGCACACCUGCAGCCACUUUCCCCAGGGAUAGCUACAGUGGAGAUGCUCUCUAUGAACUCUUUUACGACCCCAGCGAGGCCCCUGUUGGUCCAGUCCUGGAAGAUGACCUGUGCGUGUCUGAUAGUCUUUCAGGGCCUGCCCUGGGCACCCCACUGUCUAUGUGCAGCUUCCAUGUGGGGGCCGAGGAGAACCUGGCCCCAGCACCAGGCCCAGACUUGCUCAGCCAGGGCUUCUUACAGAGCACCUGGAAGGGCAAGGAAUGCCUACUGAAGCUCUGUGACACAGAACUUGCCAUCACCAUGGGCAUUGUCAACUGGCUGCGUAGGACCCCGCCUGCCCCUGCCCCUGCCCCCACACCUACCGCUGCCCCAGCCCCUAUCCCUGCUCUUGUCCUUAGGGAGCCGGCAGCCCCACCUGACCCCCAUAAAGUCCUCCGGGGACCAGCAAUGAACCUGCAAGGCAGGGAAGACCAGGCCUUAGACACGGGCAAGACCAUGACAUGCUUGCCACCCAGCGGGCAGGAACCCUGGGCACACCCAGGAACCAAAGACGUGCUUGUUAGAGAGCGUAAGGCCCAGGGGGAGUCUGCAAGGGAUAUUGAUGCCCCAUCUAAGGAUGGCUUUCUAGGCGAAGGAACACAAAACCUCUCGGAUGGCCGUUCCUCCUCUGCAGCUACCAUGACAACAGGCCUUUCCAGGAAAAGCAAAGCUGCAGACCCUGCUACCUGCCCCAGCUCUCAGAAGGAACUCGGGACACCUGGGGACCUGAGGCAUGCUCACGGCCCCUUAAAACCAGGGCAUGUUGAUCCAGGGCCCAUGCUUGUAGGCUGUGUGGCCCAUGUGGCAGCCCUGCAAAUCUAUCCGGACGGCCAUUCUCCCAGACAGAAUAGGGCCAGCGGGAUCCUGUGGAAGCCCCAGGCUUGGGAUCCCAACACUGUGCAAAAGAAACCGUCCAGCAACAAGCCCAGUGGAGUAGCUGUCUGUGGCCUUCCCUCCCCCAUCAGCCCACAAGACCUUUUCCUGGACCUCAGCCAGCUCAAGUUGGAACCUUCCAGGCCAGGUACCCAGGCCUGUGCCUCCGUGGUCAGCCAGCCGAAGCAACUUAGCCCCAGGGCUCCAGAGCAGGUACCACAUAGGGGCUCAGUGGGGUCCUGAGCCACUCAGGGCCCCUGAUGCCCAGUAAAGCCUCUGUGGCUAUCACUCAGAAAUCCUGGGCCUUUUUUUGGGGGGGGGGAGGACACUAAACAGUGGUAAAUUGCUUCUUCACAUGUGCCACAAAAUGUCGCCCAUGGCCCAACAAGGACUUCCUGUUGUUAACCAGAAGUGGAGGACUUACAAGCCAGGUGUGGCUCAGGCUCACCCACAGGACAGGCUUAUAUAUUCUUCGGGGGCUCCUGGUUCAGGAGAACCAAGGACCAGAGCCUUCAUCUUUAUUUUUCCUGGUGUGAGGAUUGUAUUUUGGGUAGAGACUGCUGGGCUCAGGCACUUG